UAUAGACGUACUUGUUUUUUUUUUUUUUAAUAUAUUUUGUUUGAAAUAUACUCGAGCGAUAUAAUUUGCUCGUAGGUACAUUCCUGCUAUCUAGAAGAAUUAGGUAACGGAAUUAUUUUGAAACCUAAAAGGAGAUGGUUAUAUUCAAGCAUAAAAUAUGUAUUGUGUUGUGUUAAUUGAGACCUGUAAGCUAUAAAAAAUUCGUAGAGUUGUCUAGGUGGUGGAAAUAUGUAUGUACAUAAAUAGAACGCCAAAGUAAUUUUCACCCUGUUAUUAGAAUACGUAUUACAAGACGACUAGAGAUAUGAGCAAACGCUUGAAGGGGAUGAUUCUGUCGAAAAGUGUCGAGAAUAAAUAAGAACGAAAAAAAAUGCAAAAGUCGCCGUGUUCAGUUCAAUUCAGUUACAAUUGCAUAACUGUGUGUGAUUUCAACUCCUAUCUUUAGUCUCUUGACGUAUUUAUUCACAUUAUUUGAUAGUAGUAGUUCCGAGUCUGACAUUUGUAAAAUUUCAGCUCAAGAUCUAAGUAUGCGUGGCCUUUGGGGCGGUUGGCCGGCUCAUAUGGCAUUGCCCUUGUUAUUGAUGCGCGAGAGUAUGAAAAGUACUUUAACGCACACGUCAACCGACGGGGUUGAUUUAUCAAUGAAAUCGCCAAAAUUAGCCCGUAGCACAUCGUCGGAUAAUAACUCUCCAGGAUUCGAUUGUCAAGAUUGCGGACGUAUUUACAAGUUGAAAAGCUCAUUAAGAAACCACCAAAAGUGGGAGUGCGGCAAAGAACCGCAAUUCAAAUGUCCUUGUUGUCCUUAUAGGGCUAAACAAAAGAUGCACAUGGCUAGACACAUGGAGAGAAUGCAUAGGCCUCCUGAUAGUCCAAUUGUUAAAGUUGAAAUCGGGAAUGAAAAUGUCGAAACCGAAAGUGGAGAUAUGGAUUAACCGCGCGAAAUUCUACAAUGAAUGAUUAUUAAAUCUGAAAUAAAGAAAUUAAAAAAAAAAAAAACAAUAUUUUUUGUAGAUUAUCUACAUGCAUUAGCCAAUAUUUGAAGUGAAACUUUUAUAAAGGAACGACGCGACGUCAAUUAAGUGUCUCUUAUCUUAUCCCCUUUCUAUCUCCCGUAUGCUCUCCAAGCUCUCUCGUUAUUUCCCUUCCAUAUGCUGUACGAAAUUAAAUCAACAUUGUAGACAAGAUUUUCUAUUUACCCCCUCCACCUCUCUGUCUUUACAUCUCAUUAAUUUUUCGACUUGCAAAGUAUGUUACAAAAGUUUCAUUUAUAAAGUAGAUAUAGAAAAUAGAUUGCAAAUUUUUUAAGUUUUAGGAUAGAAUAAUAAUAAUCUUGGACGUUCCCUAAUUUCAGUCGCUUCUCAAUAAAAUGUAUCUAAGUAGUAUUAGAAGUACCUACAAAAAUUUUGUUCGCAAAGUAAAUAUUCUUUCAUUUUUCUUUUCAAGCAGCAUUCUCGAGGGUAAAACAAUAGCCCCAAGUUGUUGCUGCGGCUACUCAGAGAUGUAGAUGUAAAAAAAAAUACUUAUGACACAGUAUCCAUUGUAGAUCUCAAUUGUAGACGGAUUUAGCAUUUUCAUUUUUAACUGCUCACUGAAAAGCAAUAAAUCUACCUCCUACAUUUAUAAUAAUUAUUUAUUUUCCAACGUCAUAUUA